CAAGCUGAACCCUUCCCAUGUGGAUACGAUCUACCAGUGAUUUAUCUUGAACAGUUUACCUUCCUUCCUAACUUACUGGGCUUACUUACCUCCUUUCUGGGUCUAGACCUAGUCUCCAUAUCUACCUCGAGUUAGCUUCUGUUUUACCUACUAGUUUUCCGCUGUCGUUCAUUGUACUACCUCCAGACUAGCUAAGAGGAUCCUUGGUGGCACCUCCCUAAUCACAAAAUCAACCCCCCCUCUCUUACUGUAGCACAAUAUUCACCGUCCACCGAAACGGGCCGGUCAGCCGCAGUGACUCUCCAAUUCAUUAGGUAGCUAGGACACUACCUGACUUUGCUCGCGACGACUACGCAACUCGGCGCUCCAGAACAAAGUUUUGAGGAUUAUAUCACCUUAUCACCGGCAUAUUCAGCCAUCCUGAUCCAACGGCCGGCGGCCAACGGUUCUGCUGCACUUCACGCAGUAUCACACCAGCAAGUGACGCCGAAAUGGCUACCCAAGCUUCCAAGGCUCCCGUCGUGGUAGAGGCGCACGAGGUCGAUACUUAUCAUCCUCCCCAGAAGAUGCUCGACAAUCAUCCCAGCAAGCCUCAUAUAGCCAACCUCGAGGAGUACCAGCAGCUCUACAAAGAGAGCAUCUCCGAGCCUAAACAAUUCUGGGCGCGGAUGGCACGAGAGCUCUUGACAUGGAACCGAGAUUUUGAAACGGUUUACUCGGGGAGUCUUUCCGCUGGCGACAGUGCCUGGUUCCUCGAGGGCGAGCUCAACGCAUCGUACAACUGCGUCGACAGGCACGCACUCAAGGAUCCAAACCGGGUGGCCAUUAUAUACGAGGCGGACGAUCCAAGCAGCGGCCGAACCCUAACCUAUGGCGAACUGAUGCGCGAGGUCUGCAGGACAGCACAUGUUCUCCGUCAGAUGGGUGUUCGCAAGGGGGACACUGUCGCCGUAUACCUUCCCAUGAUCCCUGAGGCGCUCAUCGCAUUUCUGGCCAUUACUCGUAUCGGCGCUGUUCACUCGGUGGUGUUUGCGGGUUUCUCGGCUGAUUCGCUUCGUGACCGCGUUGUUGAUGGCCAGUCCAAGGUCGUUAUCACUACUGACGAGGGCAAGCGCGGUGGCAAGCUGAUUGGUACCAAGCGCAUCGUUGACGAGGCCCUGAAGAACUGCCCGGAUGUCAGUCACGUGCUGGUUUACAAGAGGACGGGCGCCGAUGUGCCCAUGAUGCAGGGGCGCGAUUUUUGGUGGCAUGAAGAGGUUGAGAAGUGGCCAAACUACAUCCCGCCCGUUCCCAUGAACUCAGAAGAUCCCUUGUUCCUUCUGUAUACGUCCGGUUCUACAGGCAAGCCAAAGGGUGUCAUGCAUACCACCGCCGGCUACCUGCUGGGCGCCGCCAUGACGGGCAAGUAUGUCUUCGACAUCCACGACGGGGAUCGCUUCUUCUGCGGCGGUGAUGUUGGUUGGAUUACGGGACACACAUAUGUCGUUUACGCACCUCUGCUUUUGGGUGUCUCAACGGUCGUGUUUGAAGGCACGCCAGCGUAUCCAACUUUCUCUCGCUACUGGGAUAUUAUCGACCAGCACAAGAUCACCCACUUUUACGUUGCCCCGACUGCUCUCAGGCUGCUAAAGCGUGCGGGAGACCAGUGGGUCAAGCAUGAAAUGAAGCACCUGCGGGUCCUGGGCUCCGUCGGAGAGCCCAUUGCAGCCGAGGUGUGGAAAUGGUACUUUGAAGUUGUCGGAAAGGAACAGGCACAAGUCGUGGAUACGUACUGGCAAACAGAGACUGGCUCCAAUGUCAUCUGCCCUCUCGCGGGUGUCACCCCGACAAAACCAGGCUCUGCCUCGCUGCCUUUCUUUGGCAUCGAGCCCGCUAUCAUUGACCCCGUAUCGGGUGAGGAGAUCCACGGCAACGACGUCGAAGGCGUACUAGCUUUCAAACAGGCAUGGCCCAGCAUGGCGAGAACUGUGUGGGGUGCCCACAAGAGGUAUAUGGAGACUUAUCUCAACGUUUACAAUGGAUUCUAUUUCACUGGAGACGGUGCUGCCCGGGACCAUGAAGGGUUUUACUGGAUCAGAGGCAGGGUGGACGACGUUGUUAACGUUAGUGGCCACCGGCUGUCAACAGCCGAGAUUGAAGCUGCACUGAUUGAGCAUCAUUAUGUUGCCGAGGCUGCCGUUGUAGGUAUCCAGGACGAGCUCACGGGCCAGGCAGUGAAUGCUUUUGUGUCACUGGCCGAUCAUGUUACAACAGACAACGAUGAGGCUCUGCGGAAGGAACUCAUCACCCAGGUGCGGCGUAGCAUUGGUCCCUUUGCGGCACCUAAAGCCGUGUUCGUCGUCCCAGACCUACCACGCACCAGGAGUGGUAAGAUCAUGCGCAGGAUUCUCAGGAAGAUCCUCGCCGGUGAGGAGGACCAACUUGGCGAUACCAGCACUCUUUCGGACCCGACAGUGGUUGAUAGAAUCAUCUCUACCGUCCAUGAGUACAAGAAGAAGUAGCGGUUGCGCCUCAGUGCACAGGGAUGGCGGAUUUGAAUACGGUGGAAUAGACAUGGAUCGCACGACGGGUCGACUUUGCGGUCGAUUUCUCAUUUCCACAAGCUCUUGAAGAGGAAAGCCAAGCUAUGCGAGAAAGCGCGAACUUUCAAGCGGCUGGUGGCUGUUAUUUGGGUGAAUACUAUAUUGUAAUUGGUUGACUGUUAACUAGCGAGUGAUGAUUCGAGGAUUACAUGGGCUAUAUUUUGUUGGUAUGUUAACCACAGAUGGCAGCAGAGCCUACACGGAUGUUAUACUGCCCAGAACCUCCGGAUGUCAUAUCCGGCAUGGUAACAAGGAGCCAAUCUGAUGAGACCUGAUCAUAGACAUAUCUCAAGAAAUAUGAAUGAUAUCGAUUGAAAAGUGACACAUGCUGGCCUGCUCACGUCGGCAAGCGUGAUAUAGUGGCCCGUUAGUUUACACUUGGACACUAAAGGGUCACCAAUCGUGUGGAGAGGCAGAUAUGGUGUGCAGGUUGAAUCAUGCAGUCUAGGGCUUC